UAACGUUCUGCACCUAUCAGCGGAAACAAAGAUAUUUUAAGUUUCGUUUCCCAGGUUGGGUUGGGCAGUUAUUGGCAUACUCAGCGAGAGACUCCUUUAAUCUGCUCUUAGCUUCAUAUCAACAGGCUGUACGCUACGGGAGUAAUUUGGGGUGAAGUGUCUCAGGGACACAACGACAUGCUGACUGCAGACCUGUGACCCCCUAAACCAACGCACUAUUCCACUGCGCCACUCCCGUGGUGAUUCAUAGAUUCACUCUGGAAAACAUGAAAGCUCAAGUUUCUGUAAACGUCUACCAGAAAGGCAAAUAGCAGUUGCUAUUCUUAAUCAUGGAUAAUGUUGAUCGCAACAAAUUAUUUGUAAGCAAAUUCACACCAACAUUUCAAGAUCACGAAGUUGACAAGGAAAGUCUUUACUGUCUGGAAGAUCGAGACAUUGCUGACUUGAUCCCAAAAGAGGAACAAAGCACAAGAGAUCCGGAAACAUCUGAUUCUUCUGUUGAAGUGUGUCCCAGCAAAACAAAUGAUAAAGGAAAGAGGAAGUUGGAUCUUCCGGGUGAGUCCAGCCAAUCACCCGCCAGAAAACGACCACGUAAGGAUAUACAAGGUUCAAACAAAGAAAAACGCAUUCUUUCUGAUGUGAAAAACAUCAUGAGAUGUGUCCUUGGUAAACUACCUAACAAAGACGACAAGCUCAUCAAGUUCCUGAAGGAAAGAGAAAGAAAUAACCUCAAAGAUUUGGAGACAGAAAAGAGCGAGCUGGUCGGCGUCUUUGGUAAAACGGGGGCUGGAAAGAGCUCUCUGAUAAAUGCCGUCAUUGGAGUGAAGGGUCUGUUGCCCUCUGGAAGCAUCAGUGCAUGUACCUCAGUGAUGAUUAAAGUGGAGGCUAACAUGAAGAACCCAAAGUACGAGGCAGACAUUGAGUUCAUUACAAAAGAGGAGUGGAAAGAGGAGUUGUGGACCUUGAUUAAUUUUGCUGGUGAUAACGAAGAUCAGGAAAACGACGAAGAUGAUGAUCAAGACAGUGUUGAAACGCUGUCACUGCUGUAUGGAAAAGAAUGGAAAAACAAAACUCCUGAAAACCUCAUGGAUAAAAAAUACUAUAGUGAAAUUCCUGAAUUUCUCAGUUCCGGUAGGAAGACUUUGACAAGUGAUACGGCUAAAAAGUUAUCUUCAGCAUUGGACAAAUACACACAAAGUGAGUCAAGCGAGGAAGAUGCUAAGCGGUAUUGGCCACUGGUGAAGUGUGUGACUGUCAGGGUGCCGAACAAUCCUCUUCUCCAGCAUGUCACACUUGUGGAUCUUCCUGGAAAUGGGGACCGUAACAAGAGCAGAGACACGAUGUGGAAAAAGGUUAUUAGAAGUUGUUCUACUGUGUGGAUUGUGACUGAUAUAAAUCGAGCAGCUUCAGAAAAAGAACCCUGGGAGAUCCUGAAAGAAUCCUGCAGCCUCAUGGGAAAUGGUGGCCAGUGUCGGCAGAUUCAUUUUAUCUGCACCAAGUCUGAUAUGGGACGUUCACGCAAUCAUUCAGCAGCUGGUGUUCGUGCUCAGAUACUGAAUGAAAACGAUCGAGCCAAGACAAAAGUGAGGGCAGAAUUCAGCAAACAAAAAUGCGUUAAGAAACAAUUCAGUGAGGAGUGUUUCAAGGUUUUCACAGUGAGCUCCACAGAGUUCUUGAAAAAGAAACGUCUGGAUCCAAAUGAAACAGAAAUUCCAAAACUGCAGAAUGUCCUGCAAGAACUCAAUGACAGUCACUCUGAGACAUUCAACUAUGUGUCUAGAGCUCGCGGGAUUCUCUCUCUGAUGCAGGGAGCCAGCAGCAGUAAAGGGGAUGACAUAAAGAAAAAUGUGCGCACAGGACUUGAAAAAAAGCUGAUUUGUGAACUUCAAGAAGUCAGGGAAGCCAUGAAGGCGACCCUUACGGCUUUUAAAAAAUGCCUCAGUAGGGGGGUUAACAAAUCUAAAAGUUCAUGUGAAAAACUCUUGAAGUCGGUCCUUUAUGCUGAAGACAAUGGUAGUGCAUUUCACAGGACAUUGAAGUGUGUAGUUGAGAAGGGUGGCAUCCACAUAACAAAUAAAGGGAAAUCAAUAAACAUCAAUAUGAAGUUAGCUUCAUGUUUGACCGACUGCAUUGACGAGGAAUUUAAGAAGACCUUCCCAAAUGAAGGAAACAGUGGACCAUUCAACGGGGUCAUCAAUGCGUUUUCACUUGGCACAGAGAAGCUGAAGAAUAAGAAGUAUAAAAAUGCCAAACUGCAGCUGACAUUUCUCAUGGCAGAGGAAGAAAAGAUUAAAACAGAACUCAACGAAAUCAUCCGUGAGCGAAAGAAAACGAUCUACAGGAGCCUGGAAAAAACAAUCAAAGAGAAAAUGAAACCAUGCUAUGACGGAGCAGAAAAAAUUAAAGGAAAAGGCUCGAUGAACAACAUGAGGCAAACUAUUGAAGAGCACGUACGUCGUUCAAAGGACGUCAUGUUUACUCAUGCUAAAAACGCCAUGAUGGAACAGCUGGAGGACUUGAUGUCGGAGGUCCUGAAGGAACUGAAGAGCACGAUGCAGGAAUCAAUCGUGCUGUCACUCAAGACACAUGCUGUCUCCAUCCCAGAUGUAAGUGUUGAGCUUGAGAAGGUAAACAAACACUGCAAUGACCUGACCUAAAGCCCAGAUGAUGAUGCAACUCUUUGUAGUGAUUCACCUGGUCAAGCAGCUGCAUGAUGUGCACUGGGUUGAUCCGUGGAGACUAGCAGCAGACGCCUGUUAACGUACCGAGGAUGAAAGACAUGAGGCCUCUGGAGUGGGUCUCAAUCAUUUUUUUAAAGUUCUUAUCUCUGUUGACUUUGAGUGUUUUUUAUUGUUAGCAUAAUGUGGUGCCCUAAUUCAUGUCAUUUAAAAUUCCUAUUAAAAAAAAAAGCUCUUUGAUGAUAACCUUAUGUUGUUCAGUCUAUUAAGAUAUAUCUCCAAGUCAAUAGCGACCCCCACAUCCACCCCCCCCCUGCUUUUGUGCGCAUCAGCAUUUUAGUUGUCUGCUAGAAGCAUUCAUACAUUUUAAUCCAGUUUUCAACACACUUUUACUAAACACUUUAAAUCUUGGCUUUUACCCUAGCUCAGGCAACAGGACUUCUUGGCAGAUUUAUGUCCGAUUCUAGGACGGCAAUCAGAGGUUAGCACCUUGGUUUGUAACAAUGUUUGGCAAUGUAAGAAGACUUACAGAUCAACUAUGAAAUGUUAAACCUCCAGAACUGUUUGCAGAGAAGGUAACUUUGCAUUAGCUUGUAGCCUCUCUGGCUUUUAUCCAUCAAGGGAACAUUAACUGUAAAAGUAAACUGCUGUAUUCAGUGCUGAACCAGCUUUACUCUCUGGGUCACUUUGUUUUGGAGAGGAGAGACCUCUGGGCACAUUUGGACCAUCAUGGCAAACUAUGAGUUGCUAUGCUGUAUUCUGUUGUUAUGUUUUGAAUGAGAUCCCCCAGUGAAAAAGUCCUCACUAUGUAUCGGAGAAUAGAUAUUGGAUCUCAGCCACUGCUGUGAUAUCACAGAGACGUUUUGCUUUUAAUAUUUCAACAGUUAUUUUGUCUUUUUCAUAUAUGUAUUUUCUGUUUAGCAUGGUUUGAUAAGUUUAGGCUGACAUUUCAAUGAAUUGAUUACAUCAACAUUGAUCACAGCACUACUGGAGGGUGAUUUGGAUGUAGACUAGGCUUCUCAAAGAAUGAGUUUGAUCUGUUUUCUCUUAUUUUAAAGUAUAAAACUCACUGCAAAUUAAUGUUUUUUGAUGUUCUUUCAUUCAUAUAUGAAAUCUAGAGAGAUCUAGAUGAUGGCUUAUUAUAUCUGGUUCCUUGUUAUUUACACUUUUUUCCCACACAAAAUUCGCAUUGCAUUCAUGUAUUUGAUGUGGUAUACACUCCAAUAAAACAAUAAAAUGCA